AGGAGGAUUCCAGACCGAGUUAGGCUGCGGAUGAGCGCCUGAGUUCAGACGGUGCGAAACCGCCUAUGCUUCGAGAUCCUGGGCCAUCUAGAAGAUUUAGGUCCUAAACUUCAAGAGACAUCUUUCUUUUCACUUAACGUCCUCCCGAUUAUUUAAUCCUCCCAAAACCGCAGAGUCAGUGUCUUUGAAGCCGUUAAUCAGGCACUCUACCGGGCACUCCAUCUACGGGGUCCUCACGGCCUUCUCCGCAGCCUCAGCCUCGGUCCGAAGAGGACCCGGCGUCGAAUCACUAACGGGCCCAGGUGUCGGGAAAAUGAUCCACAGUCUAUUUCUCAUAAACUGUUCCGGUGACAUAUUUCUAGAGAAGCACUGGAAGAGUGUUGUAAGCCAGUCUGUCUGUGAUUAUUUCUUUGAAGCUCAGGAGAAAGCUGCUGAUGUUGAAAAUGUACCACCUGUCAUUUCAACACCUCACCACUACCUCAUCAGUAUCUACCGGGAUAAGCUCUUCUUUGUGUCUGUCAUACAGACUGAAGUGCCACCUCUGUUUGUAAUUGAGUUCCUACAUAGAGUUGCAGAUACUUUUCAGGACUACUUUGGUGAGUGUUCGGAGGCUGCAAUUAAGGAUAACGUGGUCAUAGUAUAUGAGCUCUUAGAAGAAAUGUUAGAUAAUGGAUUUCCACUGGCUACUGAAUCCAACAUUUUGAAAGAACUGAUUAAACCACCAACAAUUCUACGUUCUGUUGUCAACUCUAUUACAGGUAGUAGUAAUGUUGGGGACACACUCCCCACUGGGCAGCUGUCCAACAUCCCAUGGCGCCGGGCAGGAGUGAAGUACACAAACAACGAAGCCUAUUUUGAUGUCGUUGAAGAAAUAGAUGCAAUUAUAGAUAAAUCAGGAUCUACAGUCUUUGCAGAAAUUCAGGGAGUCAUCGAUGCUUGUAUUAAGCUGUCUGGAAUGCCUGAUCUUUCCCUUUCUUUCAUGAACCCAAGGCUUCUGGAUGAUGUCAGCUUCCACCCUUGCAUCCGGUUCAAGCGUUGGGAAUCUGAAAGAGUUUUGUCAUUUAUUCCUCCAGAUGGAAAUUUCCGACUCAUAUCGUAUCGUGUCAGCUCACAAAAUCUAGUAGCAAUUCCAGUGUACGUGAAACAUUGCAUCAGCUUUAAGGAGAACAGUGCUUGUGGCCGAUUCGAUAUUACAAUUGGACCAAAGCAGAAUAUGGGAAAAACUAUUGAAGGAAUCACAGUGACAGUUCACAUGCCAAAAGUCGUGCUGAACAUGAAUCUGACACCAACACAAGGCAGCUAUACAUUUGAUCCAGUCACCAAGGUGCUAACAUGGGAUGUGGGGAAAAUCACUCCACAAAAGCUCCCAAGUCUUAAAGGACUGGUGAAUUUACAGUCUGGGGCACCCAAGCCAGAAGAGAAUCCAAGCCUCAACAUACAGUUCAAGAUCCAGCAGCUUGCUAUUUCAGGCUUAAAAGUAAACCGCUUGGACAUGUAUGGGGAAAAAUAUAAGCCAUUUAAAGGAGUCAAAUAUGUCACAAAAGCUGGAAAGUUCCAAGUGAGGACAUGAGAAGAGGCCAAAAUUCUUCAAGAUCUGUUUGUUUUCCAAGCGUCAUUACAGUGUAUUACUAUUGGGUACCAAGUGGGUGGGAAUACAUAGUCUAGUUAAAGCAUUUGUGUCAAGCCACACACCCCUAACAAAGUCGCUUAGUAAUCAGUGUAGGGUUCUUAAGGAGCUUUAAGCUAAGGAAACUUUUCUAAUGACUUAGCUUAUUUUGUACCUUUUCAUUAAGGAGGAUUUGGAGGUGAUUUUCUCCAUAGGGGUUAUUAGCUAGAUGCUGCACAUUGGAACAGUAAAGGCAGAAGGCUACAGUGAUAACCUCUCUCCAAAAACAAGUGAACUGGUCUCAGCCAGCAGGCGCUGUCUUAACCUGUGUUGUGUUGUGUCAGGUGCAGCCAAGUGUCAUACCUUCUGAUCUUGCCCAUCCUAAAUCAGCAUCUGUCCCAACAGAGGAAGAUUCCCCCCCGCCCCGCCCCGCCCAGCCACGCACCCUAAGAAGUUUACAGAAAACUGCCUCUUUCAAGUGUUUGCCUUAUUCAGCUUUUCACUUGUGCCAUUAAGCAAGCACUGUAGCAAAAGCCACUUCCACAUGGCCCUGGCAGGAGCACAGCUGCACCAUGCUCCACUCUCACUGUACUCGGUAGUGUAUUUUUUAUAAAUAAGAUUUUUAUGUAAAACUCAGAUUUUGAUUUACAGGGACCUUGCUGCAGUAAAUACCAUCUCAGUUUUGUGCCACUGCUUCAGUUGUUAGAUAGCACAGUAAAAUCAUUUGGAUUAAAGCGCGAGUGCUUUACUAAGGUAAUAAAAGGGAACACUACCACCAGUUUCAGGAAGUUACUGCAAGCACAAGCAUUCGAGCUCUUAAGCAAAUUAAAGCAGUAAAAGAGACUUCAGCUGAAACUUUGCCAUCUUCAUGUUUUACAAAGCUUAUCCACCACCACUUAAACCAGUUAGCCUAAAUGCCUCACGCCCUAGCUUAGCAAACGUAGAGAAAUGUGCCAGCUUCAUUGUCCUCAGUCUUUUUUUUUUUUUUUUAAUCUUUUAUCUUUUUGGUUAUUGUUUUUAAGGGCUCGAAUUUGCCUGCAUCCCUUGUCUUUAGGGGGGACUCCUUUCUUACAUUAUGUGGUUCUCACACAGAGAAUGUCAGUAGAUUACUACUCAGAUUCUCUCCUCAAGCUGUUGUUGUAAUUGUCACUGUUGCUGUCGUUCUGUCCUGAUAAAGUACAUGGAAGUGUGUUAUACUGAGGCAGAAACAGAAAAUCCUCAGCGACACUGAUGACACUGUUGUGAUCAUUGUGGUUCACUAGUCAGUCUACAGUUGACGUAUCAUGUCACUCAACCUCAGUGGUUUGGAAGUCCCUACACAGUUAUUUUGCCUCUUUAGACACACAGAACUGGAGAAGGGCUGAAAGAUAAGUGUUUAUUCUUCAUGUUUCCUUCUUAUUCUUACUUAUGCUGUUAGGUUUCUUCUCCGUGUGGCUCCAUUCUUUUCGUCCUCUGCCUAUGACUCUCUUUCCCUUUUCAUGCUAAGGAAGGCCCUUCCUACACUCGCCCAUCUCCCCUGUCAAGGGCGGGUGGUUGGUGCUGGUGCAGGAAAUCCCACAGUACAGCAGCAUUCUUACCUUUACCUGCCUACGCACCCAACUUGUCUUUCACCUGAUACAAAUGGCCGGUUUUUGCAACUUCUAAAUUUCUAGGGUAACCAAAAUCACAAUGUUGCCAAGACAUGUUUCCUUUGCCUAAGGUUGUUUACCCAGUUCAGCUGCUUCCUUUCCAGUGUCUUCCUCUUUAGAGUUCUUACUUCAGAAGAGCAACCAGAAGGUCUGCUUUUCUUUCUAUAGACUUUCUAAUCUCAACCAUCCAACCUGGACUGUUCAGUUUUCCUCUCGUGCUCUUUUCUCUUAUAAAAGUAGAUUGUGUGCCAAGAAUCCGUUGUCUCUAGAAGUUUCUGUCCCGAGUUGACUUUUUCCUUUUACAAUUAAAUUAUUGUAUUUAUUUAAUUUGAUAGAAUCCAGUAAAUCCUUUCUCUAGCUCUGGCUAUAAUGUCAAUAAAAAAGAUGAAAGCAACUAGGUGAUUUUUUUUUUUUUUUGCUUGACUGUUGAUUGAGCAGCCUCACAUGGAUGGCUCAGUGCCAGAGCAGGCUGAACAUGAUCAGAUUUUAUUCCUUAUCAAGGUGUGAGGAUAGCUGCCAGCACUUCCAAGUGCUCCUGUCCUAAGCACAGUAUGGUGAUACCAUGCACGCUGUUUCUACGCCUCACUCUCCUGGCCACAGACUUCGAGCAGUAAAUGAUCAAAGCUACUUACCCACCCAGCCACCACCACCACCUACCAAUAACAAAGGUCCAUGUAUACUUAGUAGCAUUGGAAUAUUUUUUCAGGGACAGAGUUCAGGCUAAUCACAGAAUAACCCCCAUCUAGAUUCUUUUUUUUUUUUUUUUAAUCGAUAUUAUCCCUCUUUUUAAAUUCUUAAGGGAGUGGAGUAUAUCCCAAGAGCAAAUGAAGUGGAUCCUCAUUUUUUCCGUUAGGGAGUUGCCAUCAUUUUAUUCAAAGGGCAUCCACCUGAUGGGUUUAUUCCUGAAGUGGUGCUACAGAACCCUUGGAAGAUGCAGCUCUUGCUAUCGUUCAAGUCAGCUGGUUUGAGAAAACAGCAAAACCUUAACGUAGCAGGAAGGCAUCACCAGUUGAGCAUGCGGCAGGUGGCAAAAAUGAGGUUAUGGAUGCUGUUUUCAGAGAUUACCUUGCUACUUCAGUAGCCCGGGCCUUUCCCCUUCAGUUGCCUCUCUGUCAGCAACUUUCCUGAUAAGUUAAAACAGUGAUGAAUGCAGUUGGCAGCGCUGGAUAUUGCCCCUUCAUGAGAUCUGCCCCUUUCAGACUUAGAAAAUCAAGUGAAAAACAGUGAUUCCCCCAGCUCCAUUCCCAAGAGUUCCUACUGUGUUAGUCAUUGGUUCCUCAAGCAAGAAGGGGACUAUGUCCCAAAAAGCUAGCUCUGCCUCACGGUUCUGCCCUGGUGGCCCCUGACAACCCUGCUUUUCUGUUCUGGGCUUUGGAAUAUUAAAAAAUGGACCUGUGGUACUCCUGCAUGUUUAACAGCUUCUUAGGGGACAGUGAUCAUCUCACCAAGAGCUAGAAUCUUCUAAGAUGAAAACAGUAUCUCGACCACAGUGGUGGGGUUCCACAUCAUCUGGCUGCUUUCUUCCUAUUGCCUUUGUCACUUCCCCUCCUGGUAUAUGUGGUCCCCAGAGGUAUUCUUUACCACACAGGUCCUUGUUAAGCAAAGACACCACUGCUGGCUUCUGGUUCUUCUAAGACAACAUUUUGAUGAAAUAAAAGCUUUUAGAUUCCAGAUCCCGAGGAUUAGUUUCCUUGGCUACCCUUCAGAAUAGGGGGAAACCUGAUCUACAGGCUCUGGCGAAAACAACACACCCAUCAUUUAUACAAAUGCACUUUAUUGUUUUAAACAGAACAAAAGAGGCAGAAAAUACUUGCAUAUAACAAAUCCUAGCUUAUAAAUGUAAUUUCUUAAGGGGUGACAUCUCUAGUCGUCAUUCAGGGAUUUAAUUUCCUUUUUUUCUUUGCUUCACUGUAUCUUGAGCACUGAUAUUGCGAAAAAGCACACCCGGCAUAAAGUGUAAACCAGUGACUCGAAACACUGGAAGAACUUGGAGAGCAAACAUCAUUUCUCUUAUUUUCUCUGUGUCAUCUUUAGAAAAACAAAAGGUGAUCUUUGGCAUAGAUUCAUACUUUAAAGGCAUUAAUAUUGCAUUUAUAUCAGGUAAGCAACUAUACAGAUAUACUGAGGACCUUGAAAAUAAUGUUCAUCCAUUAAAAGGAAAUAGAAGUCUUAAGUGUGUAAGACCACUUAGGACAAGUUUUACACAUUCAGUGUUGGGGUCUAACACAUUGAGGGUGGGAGGGAAGGCUGUUCAGGCAAGGUUCUUAUUCACUCAUCUGGUUCUGCCUUUGGGAAGAAAUACAUCCUUUCUCGUGCUGGGGAAUGCUUAGACAGCAGUGAUAAGUGCAAAAAGAAAAAAAACACCUUCUCUCUCACUUUGCCUAACAGGAAACUUGCGGUGAAAAUUAAACAUUAUGCCCUUUACUCUCUCCAACAAUGACACGUGUGGUGGGGCUUGGUUGUAGUUAGCUGAAGGGGAGCAGGGAUUCAGAGGAGUGUUUCCCACUGAUUCAUCAUGUAAACCCCUGGCAGCGCCAGAAUUGCAGCCUGCAGCUACUCUCCGUUACGUAGGACAUUUCAGACUUUGCAUUAAACACUCUUGAGGGACAAGCACCAAUUCUUAGGACUGAAUUUCAGGAUGAAAAGGUAGGUGUUUGUUCAUUUGUAAUUGUUGUUACAGAUGAACAAAUACCUACAUAGCUUUAAAAUCUUGUUUAGGAAGGUUGUGGGGGAGACUAUAAAAGCCAGGAGAGAAGACAUGAUUUGGUUAAAAAUCAAUGCAGCACUUCAGCUCAGAACAGUAAGAGCUUAAGAAUGAGUGAUAAGGCCUCAGCACAGACCUCUGCAGGCAGUGACAGCGUGGAGUGCCUGGGAGUGGCCCCACUGGGAGGAUGGGCAGGGCCACGCCCCAGCUACCCUGCCCCUUCAGUGGCAGAGAGCACCAGGACACGCAGUGCGUUCCCACGAUGGCCACCUUGGCAGGCCAAGGCAGGAAGUGGGGCAGGAGAUGUCCCUGGCACAAAGAGCACCGGGACACACAGUGUUUUCCUGUAGUGGCUACCUUGCAGGCCAAGGCAGGAAGUGGGGCAGAAGUGUCCCUAGCACAGACGUUGCUCUGGGGCAUGUUGAAGAGAGAAUCAUGUGAUUCUCUGGUUUCUUCCAGAUAGAAUGAAAUUUGGUUUUGUACUGUGGGAAACCAGGGUUAAAUUGGGAAGGGCGAAAAAUGAAUACAGGCCCCAUAUACUGGGACCCCCCCAGAGGCCACCUUCCCCUGCAGUAGUGAAGCUCACUUCUAAAAAUGACCCAAGUAGCACAGCCCAGGGAAGGCAGGCAGGGUCAGCAGCAACAUGGGAAGCCCAGAACAAUUUUUGGAGGCACGGUGACUUAACUAACUUGCCUGGGCCCUGGGUCUUAGGAGCCUAUAGAGGAGAAUGGAGGCAGGAAGUAAGAAGCAGAGAGGGUUUCUCUCAGGGAACUGUCCCCAAAGGGACAAGGACAGAGAAGGGUGCCUGGCUAGUGCUGACUUGGAUUCUGAGCUUAUGUGAAGUCCGUGGGCUAGAGACCCAGUCUGCCUACUGGGACACAGUGUGCACAAAUAUAACUGUGUUUGAGAAUACAGGCUUUAUGUGGAGACAGUUUCAAAAUGUCCUCCAUGACAAAAGAGUAAAUGUUUUCUAAUGUGAAGAGGCCCCCAUUCCUUUCUGAUGUGACAGGCCAGGAUGUGGCUUUCAACCCCCCAGCAACGCUGGGUGGUUCCUGGGACUCAGAUAAUUUUCCUUCUGUUUUGUAGGGGUUUCUGUGCCAGCCAGGUUUGGCCCAGGAUCUACUGAUACCAGGGAGUCUUUCUAACCCAGCGUAGUGUAAAUCCAGCAUCUGUUCGAAUUUUGAUCGAAGCUGCUUCUGCUUCUCGGACGGUCUCCUUCACAGACUGCAUGAGGUUCUGGGCAUUGUGAACCAGCAUCUCUGUGGCCUGUAAGGAGAGAAGAGCUUUCCAUUACUCUCAGUGCCCGUUGCAGCCCACCCCUGAGACAGGCUUAAGCCAGAGGUGGCUGCAGUGAACCCCACCUGCACCUCGCAUCCCCUGUACUUCCUUGCAUCAAUGGUGAUUUGUUUGGAUCACCAGAACGAACCCAAAACUGGGUCCCUCACUGAUUGUGUACUGUGCCCUCAGAUGGCCUAUGGCGUGUACUCUUUCCCAGUUCUUCAAACACCCUGCCUCAGCACCUCUGCUCUUACUGUUCCCUUUACCUGGAAUGCCCUUCCUCCAGGUAUCCCAUGACUCAUUGCUCACCUCCUUCAGAUCUUUGCUCAGGUGUCACCUUGGUGAGGCCCUCCCUGUUCACCAACCGACUCCCCAGUCCCCAGCCUUCCUAAUCCUCUGGUUCUUUCUUCCAUUAUCACUCUAACUGAUCUACAAUAUAUUUUCUUUUUGUUUGUUUGCUUGUUUUAUCUGUCUCCACAUAAAAUUUAAGUUCCAUGAGGGCAAAGAUUUUUGUCAGUUUUGCUCACUGCUCUACUCCCAAUGUUUAGGCAGUACCUGGCACAUAGGAAGUACUUCAUAAAUAUUUAAUGAAUAAAACAAUCAAGUGAACAAACAAAUACCUUAUAAAUCCAUAAAAAUCUAAAUUUCACACAAACUCACAGGACUAGGACACCAUAAAAAUGGAACUUGGCAAUUUAUUAGCUGACUAAUUAUUAACUACUUUUGAGUCACAUACCUUUUGAAAAUUUGAUAAAGGCUGUGGACUCUCCAGAAAAAAUGCUCACAUGCACAAAAUGCGUGCGCGCACUUUCAGAGGGUUCAUGGAUUCUGACAGGCUAGAAUUCCUGGUCAGCUGUCUCUCUGCUUAGAUGACAAAGAGGUUGAGGCCCAGAGAGGUUCAGAGACUUGCAGCAACUGUUUUUUCCAUUCUAUCACAUUGCCACUUGGAGCUUUUUUAUUGGAACAUUUAUUAGAACAUAGUAGAUACACUUUUGUUGGCUGAUAGAUUAAAUGAUACACUUUUGUUGGCUGAGUCUCUAUCCUUCCUUCCCCAUUGUUUCCAUUUUCCUCUCUGGACAAAAGAGAUCACAUGACAGGGAUGCAGCCUAGUGCCCAAGCCCUGCCUAGAAAUACAUUGAAAUCAGGGGUGAAGGUCGCGUUCCCCCAGUUUGGAAGAAGAGAGGGUUAGGUUUCAAGCUGUUGGAUUAGAACUUGGUGGUGAAAGCAAGAACAAUGGUACCAGGAAGAGUAGCCUCACUGGUCCCUCUGAAGUGCCCCCAGCCUCUGUUUCCUGGCCUAGCGGUCAGUCAGAGAACUAUUUCUGAAUUACCCAAGGGAAGGACUGUGUCUUUUUUUUUUUUUUUUUAAUUCCCAUAAUACCUAAUACAGUGCCUUAUACAUACCCCAUGUAUGAUGGGCCCUGUCUGGCAGUCCAACCAAAGAUGUACUAUUUAUUAUAAGAAACUGGGAGUCUCUAGCUCACUGCAGGGCAUACCAAAGGGGAGAUAAAGAGAGGAAGGGGUGCUCAAAUGAAGGUUUUCUCCAAGACCUAGGCCACAUUUCCAAGAGUGAGGGAAGACAAACUGCAAGAAGCGGUUGCCAGUUACGAGAGUAGGGAGGGAGGGAGAGGGGUUUUCACUAAUUAGAUAGUGGAUAAGAACUGUUUUAGCUAAGGGAAAGACAACACACAAUACAGGAGAGGCAGCACAACUGGAUUAAACCAAAAGCAAAGAAACUUGCUAAAUAAACUGAACACUUUGAAGGCCGGCAUAGCAGGGGCAGAGGUUUGGGGACCAUGGUUUCAGGGGACAUCUAAGUCAAUUGGCAUAAAAAAUCUAUUAAAACAUUCUGCAUCCCACUUUGGAGAGUGGCAUCUGGGGUCUUAAACGCUACCAAGCAGCCAUCUAAGAUGUGUCAAUUGGUCUCAACCCAGCUGGAGUAAAGGAGAAUGAAGAACACCAAAGACACAAGGUAAUUAUGAGCCCAAGAGAAAGAAAGGGUCACGUAAACCAGAGACUACAUCAGCCUGAGACCCAAAGAACUAGAUGGUGCCCAGCUAUAACUGAUGACUGCCCUAACAGGGAACACAAUGAGAACCCCUGAGGGAACAGGACAGCAGUGGGAUGCAGACAUCAAAUUCUCAUAAAAAAAACCAGACUUAAUGAAUGGUCUGAGACUAGAAGGACCCUAGAGGUCAUGGUCCCCAGAUCUUCUGUUAGCCCAAGACAGGAACCAUUCCCAAAGCCAACUCUUCAGACGGGGAUUGGACUGGACUAUGGGAUAGAAAAUGACACUGGUGAAGAGUGAGCUUCUUGGAUCAAGUAGGCACAUGAGACUAUGUGGGCAGCUCCCGUCUGAAGAGAUGAGAGGAUAGAGGGGGUCAGAAGCUGGCCAAAUGGACGCGAAAAUAGAGAAUGGAGGGAAGGAGUGUGCUGUCUCAUUAGGGGGAGAGCAACUAGGAGUAUACAGCAAGGUGUAUAUAAAUAUUUGUAUGAGAGACUGACUUGAUUUGUAAACUUUCACUUAAAGCACAAUAAAAAAUAAAAAAAAAAAACAGUUGCCA